AUGGCUGCAAUGUAUACAACCAGGCUUCAGACGUGAGAGCUGGAAGAAGUGGGUGGAUAAGUCUUGACACUUUUCUGUGUCUAAUUUACUUUACCUUUAUAUUUUUUUUAUAUUGACGGGUGGCAAUCUUUUAUUGAGGUACUUUCUGAAGGAGUCAGAUUCUCAAGUCAGGUCAAGAUGGCCCAGUGGAACCAGUUGCAGCAGCUGGAGACCAGGUAUCUGGAGCAGCUCUACCAUCUGUACAGUGACAGCUUCCCCAUGGAGCUGCGGCAGUUCCUCGCCCCCUGGAUCGAAAGCCAGGACUGGGCUUACGCUGCCAACAAGGAGUCACACGCCACCUUGGUGUUCCACAACCUCCUGGGCGAGAUAGACCAGCAGUACAGCCGCUUUCUACAGGAGAACAAUGUCCUCUACCAGCACAACCUGCGGCGGAUCAAGCAGCACCUGCAGAGCAAGUACUUGGAGAAGCCCAUGGAGAUCGCCCGGAUCGUCGCCCGCUGCCUGUGGGAGGAGCAACGGCUGCUGCAGACCGCCACUGCCGCUGCGCAGGAUGGACAGGCCGCCCACCCUACAGGGACUGUGGUGACCGAGAAGCAGCAGAUUCUGGAGCACAACCUUCAAGACAUCAGGAAACGAGUGCAGGACAUGGAACAGAAAAUGAAAAUGCUCGAGAACCUGCAGGACGACUUUGAUUUCAACUACAAGACGCUGAAAAGCCAAGGAGAGUUGUCCCAAGACCUGAACGGCAAUAGCCAGGCGUCCGCCACCAGGCAGAGGAUGGCUCAGCUGGAGCAGAUGCUGAGCACCCUGGACCAGCUCAGGAGGCAAAUUGUGACAGAAAUGGGAGGCCUGCUGACCGCCAUGGAUUAUGUACAGAAAAACCUGACAGACGAAGAACUGGCCGAUUGGAAGCGACGGCAGCAAAUCGCCUGCAUCGGUGGUCCGCCUAACAUCUGCCUGGACCGCCUGGAGACAUGGAUCACGUCCUUGGCCGAGUCCCAACUCCAGAUUCGUCAGCAGAUCAAGAAGCUUGAGGAGCUCCAGCAGAAGGUGUCCUACAAAGGGGACCCUAUCGUCCAGCACCGGCCCGCCCUAGAGGAGAAGAUAGUGGACUUGUUUCGAAACCUCAUGAAGAGUGCAUUUGUGGUGGAAAGACAACCUUGUAUGCCCAUGCACCCGGACAGACCGCUGGUCAUCAAAACAGGCGUGCAGUUCACAAAUAAAGUUCGGCUACUUGUGAAAUUCCCCGAACUCAAUUACCAGCUGAAAAUCAAAGUUUGCAUUGACAAAGAGUCUGGAGAUGUGGCUGCAAUCAGAGGGUCACGAAAGUUUAACAUCCUUGGCACCAACACCAAAGUCAUGAACAUGGAGGAGUCCAACAACGGCAGCCUGUCGGCAGAGUUUAAACACUUGACCCUGAGAGAGCAGCGGUGCGGCAACGGCGGACGCACCAACAGUGACGCCUCUCUAAUUGUCACUGAGGAGCUCCAUCUCAUCACGUUUGAGACGGAAGUCUAUCACCAGGGCCUGAAGAUUGACCUGGAGACGCAUUCACUGCCUGUGGUGGUCAUUUCAAACAUCUGCCAGAUGCCCAACGCCUGGGCGUCCAUCCUGUGGUACAACAUGCUCACCGACCAGCCUAAGAAUGUGAACUUUUUCACCAAGCCCCCUGUGGGGACGUGGGACCAGGUGGCUGAGGUGCUCAGCUGGCAGUUCUCAUCCACCACCAAGAGGGGGCUGACCAUCGAGCAGCUCACCACGCUUGCUGAGAAACUGUUAGGGCCGUCUGUCAACUAUUCCGGCUGUCAGUUCACCUGGGCCAAGUUCUGCAAGGAAAACAUGGCUGGCAAAGGCUUUUCAUUCUGGGUGUGGCUGGACAACAUCAUCGACCUGGUCAAGAAAUACAUCCUGGCGCUCUGGAACGAGGGGUAUAUCAUGGGCUUCAUCAGCAAAGAAAGAGAGAGGGCCAUUCUCAGCCCGAAACCCCCAGGCACCUUUCUGCUGCGCUUCAGCGAGAGCAGCAAGGAGGGCGGCAUCACGUUUACGUGGGUGGAGAAAGACAUCAGCGGGAAGACUCAGAUCCAGUCGGUGGAGCCCUACACCAAGCAGCAGCUCAACAGCAUGUCGUUCGCCGACAUCAUCAUGGGCUACAAAAUCAUGGACGCCACCAACAUCCUGGUUUCGCCCCUUGUGUACCUCUACCCUGAAAUCCCCAAGGAGGAAGCCUUUGGGAAGUACUGCAGGCCCGAAGCGGCUCCUGAACCCGAGAUGCCGGGAGACUCCACAAGCACUACUCAGCCAUACUUGAAGACAAAGUUCAUCUGCGUUACCCCGUGUCCCUCCGUGUUCAUGGACUUUCCGGACAGUGAGCUGCUUGGGAACGGAUUCCCAGGCACAAACUCUGGAAACACGAGCGACCUUUUCUCGCUCUCGCUCUCCCCGCGCACUCUGGACUCGCUGAUGCCCAACGAAGCAGAGGCUAAUCCAGGACAUCUGGAAUCUCUCACUCUGGACAUGGACGUGGCGUCUCCAAUGUGAGGACAUACUUCAAGUUGAGCUUAGACUGCUUUGUGGUCGCAGAUUUGUGGCAUGAAGAUGAUCGACACUCUGGAUGACUUUCACCUUCACAAGGUCUAUUAUUCUUGUAUGUAUGUAUGUCCACUUUUUAAUGAAUACCACCAGUAGCUCUGUGGUUAUCGUCACCACUUUCAGUACUCUUUAUUUUCCCUGGGAAAAUCAUCAGCUUUUUAUGACAAGGUGUGUGUGUGUGUGUGUGUGUGUGUGUUUUUCUUUGUCAAAAGAAACUGUAAAGAGAUUUGGUUGUUGUACUAUAAGCUAUGUACUGCUUUUUUUGGGUUACAAACUUUUAAUCCUUGCCAAAUAGAAUAAUACAGUUUUACCACAAAAGUCAUAUAGUGAAGCACUAUAAAACACAUGUACAUAUUUUCUUUAUUUCAGUUUAAUAUCACUGUUUUCUCCUUGUUUUAGUAGAAAAUGAACCUGUAGCGUUCUAAUUACUGUGAUAACCUGUCUACUCAUAGUAUUUGCAUCUGGCCUGAAUUCACUCUUAAAAUCGUUUUUCAAUGAUUUUAAGACAGAUUUUUGUUUUUUACAUUGAAUUUAAUUGGGAGUGGAGGAGGCACUGCCAUGUUUUGAAAAUUGUUUUCUGUACAAAAGAAAAAUGAUGUAACUAUUCAUUAUUUUUAGGCAAUAAAAACAAAUUCCCCCCUGAAA